CCAUGGCAUAGUACCAUAGUAUAUGAGCAUGCCGUUCAGUAUUUAAAUGUUUAUGUAUCUUCAGAUCUGGAAAUUGAUCUCCAGGCCUACUCUCGUUCACUACACUUAUCGAAAUGUCGCAGAUCGCUAAACUGAGUGCGCUUUCCUUGGCGAUUGCUCUUUCUAUACCUGAAGUCUCCGCCCACCCACUCUUUUCGGGCAAGGUUGUAUCGAGAGCUGAUCUGCUUCCCGAAUAUGAUUAUGUUGUGGUAGGCGCUGGUACAUCUGGCCUUACUGUCGCAAAUCGACUCACAGAGCAAAAGAACGUCAAUGUUCUCGUCAUCGAAGCUGGAGAUCUUGACAAGAAUGAAGACUUUGUCACCAUCCCAGGCCUUGCAGGCGGCGCCGCAGGAACCAAGUACGAUUGGAAUGUGACUUACACUGCGAACGAAGGAUUGGGUGGCCGCAAAGUCCCAAUUCCCCAGGGUAAGAUCGUCGGCGGUUCGUCGAAAUUAAACCGAUUGAUCUUCGAUCGGGGGUCCAAGUCAGACUAUGACGGCUGGGAGUCUCUGGGUAACAAGGGUUGGAACUUUGCUGGCUUGCUGCCAUACUUCAAGAAGAACGAGAAGUUCACGCCGCCCACAAAGGAGAUUGCAGCUCAGUAUGAUAUCAAGAACGAUCUCAAAAACCACGGCGACAAGGGAUACAUGCAGACAACAUUCUCUCCGUUCUUUUGGCCAACAACAAAGAACAUCGUGAAAGCCACCAAAGCUCUGGGGAUCCCCAUCAACGACCAGGCUACUGGAAACGCCAUCGGUGGCUUCUUCUGUCCCCAUAACCAGGACCCUGUCACUGUUACACGCUCCUCCGCCGACGAAGCCUACUAUGACACUGCCGUCAAGCGACAGAACUUCCAUGUCAUUACUGGUCAGCAGGUCUCACGAAUUGUAACGAAGAAGUCCAACGGUGCCGUCAAAGUGACUGGCAUUGAGUUUGCGAGCUCUGCAAGCGCUAAACGACAAAGCGUGAAAGUGAAGCAGGAAGCCAUCAUCGCCGCUGGAGCUUUGUUCACUCCUCAGCUGCUACAGGUCUCUGGUAUUGGAGACCCCGCGCUCCUCAAGACCAUCAACGUGACAACAGUUGUUGAACUUCCAGCGGUCGGACACAACCUACACGACCAUGUUCUACUUGCAGUGGCCAACACGCUCAACACCACCUUGAUCACCUCAGGUAGCUUGAGGAGCAACGCAACAUUCGCCGCCGAGGCUAGGAAACAGUACGAUACGGAAAAGAAGGGCCCUCUAACGUCUCCUACUGGUGACUUUUUGCUCUUCUUGCCCCUUCAAACUUACUCCAACGCCACCAGCGCCAUCGCUUCCCAAGCAAAGGCUGGAAAGGCAUCGGCUUCUCUACCAUCUGAUACGCCCCCUGAGGUCGCCAAAGGUUACCAGGCCCAAUACGCGUCCCUCAACGAGAAGCUUGUCGCAAAAGACUCGGCAAUCCUUGAGAUUAUCUGGGGAGAUGGCACUGUUAUCCUCGGUCUGCAACACCCGUACUCUCGCGGAAGUGUCAAGGCGGCUUCGUCCAGUGUCUUUGACGCCCCGCUUGCAGACGUCGGCUUCCUCCGUAACCCAAUAGACGUGGCGUUGCUACGCGAGGGAAUUCACUUCGCGCGCCGCCUCGUCAAGACAGAAGGCAUCACCGAACUCAAGCCUGUCGAAGUCGCGCCCGGCGCCAAUGUCACCAGCGACGCGGAUCUCGAUGCUUUCAUCCGACGAAGCUCCUCUACGCUGUUCCAUCCCGCCGGCUCCUGUAAAAUGGGCCCGAAGGACCAGGGCGGCGUUGUUGACAGCGAGCUCAAGGUCUAUGGCGUCGAGGGCCUGAGGAUUGUGGAUGCCAGCGUCAUGCCGAUCCUGCCUGCUGCACAUACCAUGACGACGGUGUACGCGGUUGCUGAGAAGGCAGCUGAUAUUAUCCGUGGCUCUGCGGCUUACAAAGCUGCGUGUCUGGAGUAGAACAGUACGCCUCGCUGCGAGCUUCAUAUUCUGUACAUGACGAUUCUUUAUGCGACUUUUGUAAAUGUAAAUAGAGGCAAUUGACACGUACAUACGAUGAAUUCUUGUCUUCCAGUGACUUGUCGAUGUCAAGGUGUUGUUAGCAUUUGUCCUUGCGCUCAAAUCCUGCUAUGAUAUGGCCC